AUGGUUGGAAUAUCCAAUCCGUUAGUAGGCUCGUCCAACAACAAAACAUUAGGCGACUCCAAAGCAAGCAAAGCAAACACAACUCUAGAUCUUUGUCCCUCGGACAAGCACUGGUGGCGGCAAUCUCUCAAUCUCUGGGAAUGUGAAACUGAAGACUCUGUCUGGAACAACAGGCUGAAUCAAACCGUCGGCCUCCAUCUUGUCAAGGAUCUUCUGUCUGGACUUGGCCUGUCUAACCAAGUUAGCAUAAGUACCAGCCGAAGCAAUGAACUUUUUGAUAUGCUGGAUUUCUUCUUGUUGUUUGUGGUAUUGUUUCAUUUGGUUGGUUUCCAAUUCGGUUCUGGUCUUGACGUAAGCAUCGUAGUUACCACCGUACAUGGUGAUCUUCUUCAAUCUCAUGUCAAUCAUGUUGGUACAAACACCGUUCAAGAAAUCCUCAGAGUGAGAAACAAGAAUCAAGGUCUUGUCGAACCUCUUCAAGUAUUCUUCCAACCAAACACAGGCUUCCAAAUCCAAGUGGGCAGUUGGGUCGUCCAACAAAAGCAAGGUUGGCUUGACGAACAAAGCCUUGGCAAGAGCAACUCUCAUCUUCCAUCCUCCGGACAUGUCCAUGGUUCUCUUCUUGAUGGUGGUGGCAUUGAAACCAAGACCGGUCAAAAUAACAGCAGCUCUGGAUUCAAACGUAGCUGGGUCCAUCUCGUCGAUUCUCUCGUACAAUGGCUCCAACAAUGGGGACUCUGGACCCUCGUCAACAAUGAUAUCCUCAACUUCCUUUUCCAAACGGGCAAGUUGGGCCUCAGCUUCUCUAACGACCCACUCUAA